UGUCAGUUCGGGCGAAGUGUGAAGCUGAAACACAGAGAAGUUCGGGAUCGGGAGUGCCCCGAUGUUCUAACAGAAGGUAAACAUGGGAUCCUGAGCGUGGCCAGCGGACAUCUCCUUUUUUCCCGUAGGACACUGGUGAUAGUUACCUAGACACAGUUCCUGGCAGCACAAGGAAAAUCAAGGGGAUGCAGUAGAUGCAAGCCGUCGAUUCAUUGCUUGAUUAGCACGGACAAUCACGACUCUUUAGUGUCCUGUUUUUAACGCUGUGCUGGGAGAUGUUAGGGAUGUGCGUAUUUUCGAUGAACUGGACUUAUCAGAGCUGGGCAGUUCUGUGGUUACUCAUGCUCAACGUUGUACAGAGCCUACCACUUGACGAUGGUACCAAGUGUGACGCCAAGUAUAAUUAUGAACAUGAAGGAAGGUGCUGUUCCAAGUGCGAGCCAGGUUAUUACAUGUCUGCUAAAUGCACUAAAUCUUCUGAAAGCGUCUGCUCACCCUGUGAAACAGAUGAAUAUAUGGAACACUGGAACACGGAAGACAGAUGUGAAAAGCAGAUGUUUUGUGAUCCAGGAAAAGGGUUUAUUAAUGACCACCCUGAUACAGUUAAGGCAAAGGUGACUUGCAUCUGCAAACCAGGCUUCCACUGCUCAGCAACAUGUGAAUUUUGCCAGCAAGACACCGAAUGCCCACCGGGAUCUGGUAUAAGGAAUGAUGCAGAUAAACAUGGAGGUAAAAAAUGUGAACGCUGUCCCUCAGGUUAUUUUUCGAAUGUGUCCUCAUCAUGGGAAGCUUGCAUUCCAUGGACCAACUGCACUGCCAUCAGAAAGAUCGAGCAGAUUUCUGGAACUGAGACAUCUGAUACAAUAUGUGUAGAUUACCCAGAUCAAGAGAACAAGGUCUGGAUAGCACUGUCUGUGGCGAUAUUUUCUGCAGUGAUUAUAGGAGCUUUCACUUUACUUGUUAUCUGCUACAAGAAGAAUGGGAAAUCACUGUCGGCCAGCCUUCAGCACUGCCUCAGUGAAGCACGUUUUGGAACAGAAGGAAAUCAGGACCCCUGUAAUGACACUGAACGCCCACAUGAUGAAAAGAACAAUGAAAAGCAAGAUUUGUUGAGUACAAAGGAGGAGAAAAAGUUACAUAACAGUACGGGAUGCAUGGGGUACUUGUGUGAAGAUGUAACAAGUUCUAGCUGUUGCAGCUCAGAAAAUGAGACAAGCAUGGGAGAAGACAGAGCACUGCUUACCCAAAGGGGCCCUACAGAAGAUGAAUAUGUAGAACAGAAUGUGCCUCCUUACCAUAGUGCAUCUUUGCAGGCUGAAGAGAGUGACAUAUUUGGUCAAAAUGCUCCACUGUUGCAGGACUUCCAAGAUUUUAGAGAUGGCGACUAUAAUUUAGAAACUACAACAGAUGAUAAUUAUUUACCAAACAGUUCCUUGCCUGUCACAAGGAAAAAUGUAGCCUCUUCACCCACUACUAGUGAUCAAUUAUGCUGUCCCUCUGCAAGUUUUGAAUCAUCAAAACAACCACACAAAAGCCUUAAAGAUCCAUGUAAUUUCGUGUCUGGGAAUGGUGACACCUCCCCUGAAAACUUGUGCUCUGUUCUAUGUAGCCAUUGUAAGGACUGCAAAAAUAUUACACAUGAUCCAUCAAGGAGUGGAGCAGGUAGUGAGCAUCCUUUUGACAGUAUACCUGGAGUCUGCUGCUGUUCAAGCAUGAACACAUUGGGAACUGACAGAAGUCCCAAACAUUGCAGCUGUGACCAAGAAACUACUGCAGGAAAUGUAAAUGGAACUAAUAAUACAACAUUUGUAUCCAGUGGGCAAGUAAUGAACUUCAAAGGUGAUGUAAUUGUUGUGUAUGUCAGUCAUGAUCUGCAGGAUUCUGAAAAUAUUAAUGGCAGCAGCAUGAAAAACCCUGGCUCUCCAGUGCAAGAAGAAAAUCGUAACCAUGGUAAGAGUUUUGCACAAAACCCUGAAGAAACCCAAGACUCUCUUUACUCAGACAUUAAGCUGCCUUACACUAAACCUGAACAAAAAUCCAUUGGUAUAGAUGGAUUUGCAGUGGAAACAGAAUUUGCUGCAUAUGACAUGCAUCAAACCUACAAUGGGAGAUGUUCCCAAAUUACAGCAACAGUGCCAAUUCAAGAGGAAGGAUAUCCUGAACGUGUUUCCAAAGAGUACAGCUCCUGAAGGUCUUUGGUGCAAAUUUCAUUGUACAGAACUCCGAUAUUAGCACACAAGAGAUCACACAGAUGAAUAAUGCUGAUGCGUUGGUAGCUAAUUAAAAAAAACAUUGCAAAAUGUAACCAUCAAUGAAAAACCUGGGGCCCUCUUCUAAAGCCAAGAUCAUAGGAUAUCAAUGGCAACAGAUAAAAUAAACUUUAAGAAAAAAGAAAAAAACAGUAAAACUACAACUUAUACAUGCAACUGUCUUUUCAAGAAAACCACCGACACUAGCAGGAAAGCAACAAACAAUUGAAGUAUCCGGGAGUAGGAAGCAAUGGUGCUAUAACUAGUGUACAUUACUUGGGGGAAGGUAUAACCAGAAACCUACACAAGGCAUCAUUAAACACUGCGAUACCGCUGUAACUGUGCACUUGUACAAACACCUACAGUUCCAUUGGGAAAAGAAAAUCAAAACAGCCUAUGAUAUCUCUUCAUGGUGGCAUGGAAUAGUUCUAUAGCCCAAUUUCUGUUAUAUAUGCUCAUCAGUAAUUGUGAAGAUUGUACAGAACACUUGCCAAGUACACCUCUGGAAGGGAAAUUCAUAUCAUGCCUGUUGUUUUCUGUAGGAACUGAAAUAAGACAUAAGUUGUAAUCAAUAUAGGGUCCCAGCUGUUGCACAAACAAAAGCAUUCAGUUAGCCUGAUGUUUGCUCAUCAGUAAUUGUGAAGACUCCUGCAUAGCACUUUUGUCAACUAUAGACAUUUAAGGGUAUUUAUAUCAUCUGUCAUUUUCUGUAUGAACCCAACCAAGAUACAAGCCGCAAUAGGUGUGGGGUCCUAGCUGUUGCACAAGUAAUUGGCCAAGCAUUCUUUAACCCAGAUGUCUUAAAUCAAGGAAAAUCUGCUUUUCUCUAGGUAUAUAAAUCAAAUGCCACAGUUUGAAAUAUAUAUAAAAAAUAAUAAAUUGUAUUUUUACACUUUG